AUGAGUGGUUUCCCCGAAACCACGGUCUCCUCGGCUUUCCGAAAGUUCGUCACGCAGAUCCUCACCUCAACUCGUCUUCCUAGCACCACCAUUCUCCUCGGUCUCAACUAUUUGGCCAAGCGUGUAAACACUUGCAAAUCGCAGGGUCCCUUCAAGGCCACCGAAGGACAGGUUUGGCGACUACUCACGGUUUCGCUGCUGCUGGGCAGCAAGUUCCUCGACGACAACACGUUCCAGAACAGGUCGUGGUCCGAGGUCAGCGGCAUUGCUGUAUCUGAGUUGAAUGCUUUGGAAACGGAAUGGCUCGCCUCCUGUCACUGGCAGCUCUAUGUCAACCUAGACAAGAGCAACGACUACCAGGCCUGGCUUGACAACUGGAAGGAGUGGCUUGCUACUAAGAAGCGAGCUGCUCACCUUUCUAGCCAACGCCUGGCUACGCUCAGCCCUAUCCAGACUACGUUCGUUCGCCCCAACGAUAUUCCCUCGCCUCCGUACGUCUCGACGCGUCCUGCCAUCUUGGGCGCCGUCGACAUGUCCCGAUACGCCACAAAGGAGUACCCUCAAAGGCAGACUUACCAUGGGCAGGACACCAUGUGGAUGCACUCUCAGUACAGGCCAGGCCCUCAGGCUCCCAUCACCCCGCCCGACUCCGGUUAUUCGACUCCCGAUUACGUCUCGUCGGCGACCUCGGCUAAUGGGCGCUACCAAGACUGGUUCGCCCAGGCUGCGAUGCAGUACCAUGCCUAUCACCAGACCCCGGCCACAACCCGUACUACGCACGUCACCAUGGGCAUGGCCACUAUCCUUACUGGGAUCCGGCGAUCGUGGAGUGCAAUUGCCCCCACUGCCCAGCUCCGCAUCGGCAGCCGGAUUAAUGCGAACCUGGACUCGAUCCUCGGCUUGGACAUUUUCAGGAACAUCAUCGGCAGUAGUAUGCGGAAGCCUCGUGGACCAGGCAUGCAAUCAUCACUCAACAGCUAUUUGGAGCUACUGGACAACAUCUAA